AUGGACUUUUACGCCAUCAAUUUGGCCGGCUUUGCCGCCAUCAACGCGCUUCUCCUCCACUGCUACUAUAGGCGGAUGGGCAAGGCCGAGAUCGAGGAAAAGGAUCACCGGAGGGAGGAAAGCUUGAUCCCGAGCUGGCAGCAGUCCGAGGUUAAAAAGUUCAUUGUCGACUACUUCCCGGGCUACGCCCUGGCGGUCGCCGCCGACUGGAUCCAGGGCCCGCAUAUCUACGCCAUUUACAAAUAUGACAAACAGCUCCCCGAGAGGCUGGUGGCUGCCCUGUACGCCGCGGGUUUCGUGAGCGGAGCCGCUUCCGCCUCCUUCGUGGGUAGGCUUGCGGACCAAUACGGCCGCCGUCGCACCUGCAUGGCGUACGGCCUGAUGUACAUCAUCACCUGCCUCACGAUGCUGAGCGACGACAUCAUCGUGCUCUUCGUGGGCCGUCUGACCGGAGGCGUGGCCACCACGAUCCUCUUCUCCAUCUUUGACGUGUGGAUGGUGUCCGAGUACAAUUUCCGCGGUCUCGGCGAGUCGCCCCUGUCGCUGUCCUCCGUGUUCAGCUAUGCCGCCAUCAUGAGCCCCGUCAUUGCUAUCAUCAUGGGCAUCUGUGGCGACGCCAUGGUCACCUCUCUCGGCAGCCGCAUCUGGCCAUUCAUGGGCGGUGCGACCGAAAACUUUGGCACGGCCGCGAGCCAGGGUCGCUCGAUAAAACAAGCCAUCAAGUCCAUCACCUCCGAUGCCCGCAUCAUGGCCGUCUUGUUCGCCACCACCUGCUUCGAGAGCUCCAUGUACCUCUUCGUCUUCUUCUGGUCCGCCGCGCUCAACGAUGCCCGCGUGUUGGCCGCUCCGCCUGGGGCCACGCCCGAGGAGUUGCCCUUUGGCUUCAUUUUUGCUUGCUUCAUGUGCGCCAUGAUGGCGGGCCUGGGCCUGAGCUCGGCUUCCCUGAUCUCGUUUGAGAAGUACGUGUUCUACGCCUUUGUGGCUGUCGAGGCGUCCAUCGGGCUCUACUUCCCCGCCAUCAACCUCCUGAAGAGCGAAGUGAUUAGCGACGACAUCCGCGGAAGCACAUAUAGUUUGAUGCGACUUCCCUUGAACUUGUUUGUCGUCAUCACCCACAGUCUUGAUAAAGAAGGCGACUCUCACCGCAACAACGUCUUCCUCCUUCUAGCAGUUUUGUUGCUCCUCUCCUCGGAAGUGGUCCGAAGGGAUCAGGAUGCGGUACGGAUUGUGGGCGUGGCUCGCCCUCCUGGGACUCUCUCGGGCGCAAAAUACCUAUCCCUGGGCCACGGCCAUACCCAGGGGGACUGGACCGCCUUCGCCGACUCGGAGCAGCCCGGGAACGAGGCCCAGUAUGCCAUAGACGACGAUCAAGGGACUCUAUGGCACACGCCGUGGGAGCCCGAUACCGUGCAUCCGCAUUGGCUCGAGGACAGCCUGGAUAACGGCAACGUCGCCGACCACGAAAUCUACCUCAGCGACGACGGAGAGAAUUGGUCCGAUCCGGUCGCCUACGGAGUGUACCUCAACGACAAGACGACGAAAGCCACCUUCUUCUCCACCAAGACCGCAAGGUACGUCUUAUUUGUCGCCUUCAACGAGGACCAGGGCAGGAAUUGGACCAGCGUCGCCGACUUUCACGUGUACUCGCCCGACGUGAACAUGAACCCGGACGACUUUCGGCCCCCAAACCCCGCCACGCAGGGGCACGGUGGAUUUGUGUUCUGGUCGGCAUCGCGGCCGGAUGACUACCCGGAUGGCUCAGAUUCGACAGAAACGAUUGAGUGGAACCCGACCAACGGCGCCAUCACCCACCGGACCAUCGCCAACACGAACCACGACAUGUUUUGUCCCGGGAUUUCCAUGGACGCCGACGGCCUCAUCAUGGUCACGGGAGGAAACGACAACAGGAAGACGAGCAUCUACAAUCCGGACGACAACCAGUGGUCGGGCCACCCCGACAUGAAAAUCGGGCGUGGCUACCAGUCCCAGACGUUCCUGGCCGACGGGCGGACCUGGGUCAUCGGUGGCUCCUGGAGCGGGCCCAAGGGCGGAAAGAGCGGGGAGAUCUGGGACGGCAACGAGUGGACCUCGCUACCGGGCUGCGACGUGACGGCGAUGCUGACCGAGGAUGUCGGCGGCGUCUGGCGGUCCGACAACCACGCGUGGAUCUUUGCCUGGUCCGAUAACACAAUCUUCCAAGCCGGCCCCAGCAAGCUGAUGCACUGGUUCGGCGUCGAGGGCGAAGGAUCGGUCCGGGAAGCCGGCUACCGAGGCGACGACAAUCACGCAAUGUGCGGCAUGGCCGCCAUGUUCGACGCGGUGGAGGGCAAGAUCUUCACCGCUGGCGGGUCGCCCAAUUACGAAAAGGACGACGCCACAAAACACGCCAACCUGGUUCGCAUCCGCGGCCCCAACACCGAAGCCGAGGUUACCAAGCUUCCCGACAUGUCGUACGCGCGGUCCUUUGGAAACGCCGUCGUCCUGCCGGACGGGAAAGUGCUGGUUGCCGGCGGGCAGGCGUACGCCAAGCCGUUCAAUGACGAGACCGCCGCCCUGCCGUGCGAGCUGUUCGACCCGGAGACGAAUUCUUUCACCAUCGUGGCGCCGAUUGCCGUCGCCCGCGUCUACCACAGCAUCGGGCUUCUCCUCGCCGACGGCACCGUUCUUAGCGGAGGCGGUGGGCUGUGCGGGAAGGGAUGCAAGGAGAAUCAUUUCGACGCGCAAAUCUGGUCGCCGCCGUACCUGUUCAACAGCGACGGCUCCCGGGCGACGAGACCUGUGAUUAGGUCCGUGGCCUCGCGCACCAUCUUGCCCGGCGACACUCUGGAGGUGGAGACCGACACCGAUGCGACGUUUGCCUUGGUGCGGUAUGGGUCGUCCACCCACGGCGUCAACACUGACCAAAGGAGGGUACCACUUUCGGGGUCGUCCGACGGGACAACGUUUAAGCUCAAGACCCCGGAUGACCCCGGAAAACUCCUCCCGGGUUAUUGGAUGUUGUUCGCGCUGAAUUCAGACGGCGUUCCAAGUAUUUCAGAACGGAUACAAGUUCUAAUCCCAUAA